CCGUCAAGGGAGUUGAAGGGAGAGAGGAGGGGAAAAAAAAGUUCUGAGGCGCCGCAGGUCCGAGUUUCUGGCAGCCCCUCCCGAGGCGCCGCCGCCAGACCAGCGGAGCCCGGGCGCAGGGCGGGGGCGGAGGCGCCGAGGCGGGGGAUGCGGGGCCACGGCGCAGCCCCCCGGCCCUGAGAGCGAGGACAGCGUCGCUCCCGCCGCGCAGCGCCGCCCAGCCCGCCGCACUCGUCGCUUCUCCCGUCUCGGCCCGUGGAGCCGGGGCGUCCCGGCGGAGCCCUCGCCCGCCUGGUCAGGGGGUGCGCGUUGGGGGAGGCAGCAGCCAUGGAUCCCGCGCAGCAGCAGCCGCCGCCUCAGCCGGCUCCCCAGGGCCAAGGGCAGCCGCCCGCGCAGCCCCCUCAGGGGCAAGGCCCGUCGUCCGGGCCCGGACAGCCGGCACCCCAAGCGUCCCAGGCGGCGCCCCAGGCCCCUCCGGCGGGGCACCAGAUCGUGCACGUCCGGGGGGACUCGGAGACCGACCUGGAGGCACUCUUCAACGCGGUCAUGAACCCCAAGACGGCCAACGUGCCCCAGACGGUGCCCAUGAGGCUCCGGAAGCUGCCCGAUUCCUUCUUCAAGCCUCCGGAGCCCAAAUCGCACUCCCGACAGGCUAGUACUGAUGCUGGCACAGCCGGAGUCCUGACGCCGCAGCAUGUCCGAGCUCAUUCGUCCCCGGCUUCCCUGCAGUUAGGAGCUGUGACCCCCGGGACACUGACCCCCACGGGAGUGGUCUCUGGCCCAGCAGCAACACCCACGGCUCAACAUCUUCAGCAGUCUUCUUUUGAAAUACCUGAUGAUGUUCCUCUGCCAGCAGGCUGGGAGAUGGCAAAGACUUCUUCUGGUCAGAGAUACUUCUUAAAUCACAUUGAUCAGACAACAACGUGGCAAGAUCCCAGGAAGGCCAUGCUCUCUCAGAUGAACGUUCCAGCCCCCACCAGUCCGCCGGUGCAGCAGAAUAUGAUGAACUCGGCCUCAGGUCCUCUUCCUGAUGGAUGGGAACAAGCCAUGACUCAGGAUGGAGAAAUUUACUAUAUAAACCAUAAAAACAAGACCACCUCUUGGCUAGACCCAAGGCUUGACCCUCGUUUUGCCAUGAACCAGAGAAUCAGUCAGAGUGCUCCAGUGAAGCAGCCACCACCCCUUGCUCCCCAGAGCCCACAAGGGGGUGUCCUGGGUAGUGGCAGUUCCAACCAGCAGCAGCAGAUGAGGCUGCAGCAGCUGCAGAUGGAGAAAGAGAGACUGCGACUGAAACAGCAAGAAUUGCUCCGGCAGGCAAUGCGGAAUAUCAAUCCCAGCACAGCAAAUUCUCCAAAAUGUCAGGAAUUGGCUCUCCGUAGCCAGUUGCCAACACUGGAACAAGAUGGUGGCACUCAGAAUCCGGUAUCUUCUCCUGGGAUGUCGCAGGAAUUGAGAACAAUGACAACCAAUAGCUCAGAUCCCUUUCUUAACAGUGGCACCUAUCACUCUCGAGAUGAGAGUACGGACAGUGGACUGAGCAUGAGCAGCUACAGUGUCCCUCGCACGCCAGAUGACUUCCUGAACAGCGUCGAUGAGAUGGAUACAGGUGAUACCAUAAACCAAAGCACCCUGCCUUCACAGCAGAACCGUUUCCCAGACUACCUUGAAGCCAUUCCUGGGACAAAUGUGGACCUUGGAACACUGGAAGGAGAUGGAAUGAACAUAGAAGGAGAGGAGCUGAUGCCAAGUCUGCAGGAAGCGCUGAGUUCUGACAUCCUUAAUGAUAUGGAAUCUGUUUUGGCUGCAACCAAGCUAGAUAAAGAAAGCUUUCUUACGUGGUUAUAGAGCUCUCAGGUAGACUGAAUUGUAAAUCUGUGAAGGAUCUUAGGAGAUAAGACAUAACACCUGAUACGCCAGUCACAAUAUUCUGGCCAUUACAGAAACAGAUGAACAGACGUCCAGCAAGAACCUUUCAUCCACUCUUCUGCUCUCCCUUGUCCGUUGCUGCUGUUGAUACAUUGCUGAACUCUCACAGUUGGCUCUAAAAAAUCAAAAAAACAUAAAAGCAAAAGCAAAACUGUUUUAUUUCUUUUUGCUAUUACAACUACUGUUCAUUCGGGGGCUUGGAGAAGUGAGCCUGUUUGGAUGAUUGAUGCCAUUCCUUUUGCCCAGUUAGACGUUCACCAGUCCUUUUAACUAAGUACUCAGACUUGCAAAUCAAAUGCUUCAUGUCACAGCGUUUAAUUUGUUCAAGCAGUUGUUUCUUCAGCUGGCUUUGGCCAGUGGGAAAACAUGACUUACUGGUCUGACAAGCCAAAAAUGUUGUAUCUAAUAUUAAUUGAGUAAUGCUGAUUUGAAGAGGUAGCUGAAA